CGCACACUCAACACACGUAUAUACAUACAUACACAAACUCAUUUUCGACACUAUCUACCGCAAGAGGGCGGGAGACAGUGAGCAUUUGGUGGCAGCGCGUGCGGGCGGCAGACAGACAACUUGCGAAGUAAAUCGGUGUACAUAUAUAAUCAUAAACCAUUAUUUACUCUGAUGCGUGUGUUCUUUUCAAAGUGCUGUUAUUCGAACUACCAGGUGAAGGAAGUGACAAUCACAUUAUAAAGAAUCCUAUCAAAUUCUGAACUGAAAUCGGGCUGUUGAACAACAUAAUUAAAAACAAUAAAACUUGGCUACUGUGCUGAUGUGAAUAAGUUUUGCUUAAGUUGCUAAUCCUUUGCGUUAAAUCGCUUACAAAAGUGCAACAGCAUUCCAAAAAUUGCAAAGAAAUGUCUAUAAAACCGCCUUUUAUCAUUCCAAAUCCUGACUUACAAUUCAUGUUCUUUGCCCUCAUGUUGUUACUUUCAUUUACCACAUGUCCUGUUAACACGCGUCCAUCACCAGUCGACAAUCCUCACCAUCACCACGUUCAUCACGACAGCACAGACAUUCUGCUUCAGCAGUCGGAAGAUAUGAGCAAUGAAAGCCAAGAACAAUUUCUUACUGAAAUAAAAAUAUCAGAAGAGCAAGAUUUUCAAGAUGAGUUUGAAGACGUCGACAAUGACCCAGCAGAUACUGAGGACUAUCCACAGCAAGACAUGCCUGCUGAAGCAAUGGGCGAUGCUGCAGGUAUCACUGGUGGUCGGAAAGGAGAGACGAAGCUCCCCAAGACGCAUCUUAACAACGGAAAAAGUGGAAAAAGAAAUGCCGCGGAUCAUUCCGUCGCGAAGCCUGUACCAGAGGGGAACGACACUAAUGACGGGAUACCGGAAGACGUGAACUUGGACGAGCUCAACAAGACUCUCAGCAACAGCAGCGUAUUCAACACGACCACGAGUGACGAGAAUUAUAUCAAGCUGUCGAAGAAUAACAGAGAAAGCCAAGAAUUCGACCAUGCCGACAGGAACAAGGUGCUGCGUAUAAAUGCAAUUAAGGAGAUGAUACAGAAUUAUCGCCAAGGAUCAGUACCAGUCGACCCUAGACCUACUAAUGUCCCAAUUGAUGAAUUAGUAAAACUGGUAAACCUCAACAUCUCUCAUCCAUCGCCCAUAGAUGCCUAUCCCAUGAAGAGACGAAGCUUUCAUCCAUCAUGCAAUCUUCCAAACAACACCGACGUUGACAUGUGGGUCGAUGGGAACUCAAUGAACCUCUUGUUCAACCUGACCUACCCAGCCCAGCAGAAUGUAACCAUCACCAUUAUCGCGGCCACUCUGCGUCUUUACAAGUUUACUCAGGGUAACCACACAGUAGUGGACCACUCUUGCAGUGCUGAACAUGAAAGUGAGGAAGAACAGGAACACCAAGAAGACAAUCCUGUUGUCGCGGAAGUCCCUGUGCUUCCACAAACACCAGGAACCGUCAUGGCAGACGACGACAAACAAAUACGCGUGUCCGUGUACUGGUACACACGGUCCCUAAAGAAAAAUAAAGUGAAGCGAAAGCUGCUGGACUCUAGAAUGCUGCCGAUUUAUGGUAAGGGAGGAUGGAUCGAGUUCAACGUGAGGCACGCCGCCCGUCAAUGGCGUCUACUGGGCAAGAACUUCGGACUUGUGGUCGAGGUAGAAAACGAGGACGGAGACCUGCUAAAGGCAUCAGAUUAUUUCACCGCCAUGAACUGCUCUAAUGAGGCAUCGACAGCCCGACCGCUCCCUGGAGUACUCUUGCAAGCAGCACAGACCUAUCUGGAAGCCAACUAUGCCUCAGCAAGAGCAGGCUUCGAUAUCAUCGCCAGUGGGCCAGAAUUCACUUACACCAACCCCAACAGCAACAACAAAGGAGAAACCGACAUCAGAGAUGAAGACGAUUCAAGAAAUACUGGUAGUUCCACAUAUGUUUAUUCGUUUCUGUUUCCCGUGAUCGACAUGUGUACGAUUGAAGUGUCGGCUCAAGAAGCCGCUAAUGCAGCCUUCCUUCAACACGCACAGUACCUACUAACACAACAGUUGGCAGCUUGCAAAAACAGAAACACGCAAAAUCACACAGAUCUCAUACUAAUGCACGGGACCCCGAUUCAUACAACCCAAGUUUAUCCUAUGACAAUUGAAGAAAACAAGACCGGAACCCUUGAAGUUAACAAUAAGACUGAAGAAGUUGAUAACAUUAGCCACGAAGGCCACAGGAAGGACCAUCGCCACAACGGCCAUCAUGCAUCUCGUCUCGACACACCGGAAGAACUACUGCCCUCGAUGCAAGACUCACCACCACGUGCUGUUAAGAUCCGGCACUCGAGACAUCAUCACCUGGACGAGAAGCACAGGCCGAGGAAUCAGAGUGGCAGCCAUCAUGUCGAAGAUACGGUGAAGAGACGAGUAACAAAUGGAGAAAAUGAGAAAGAAACCGAAGAAAUCAAACAAGUAACAUGGGCAGAUGAAAGCGGCCGUGAAUUUAGUAAAGAAAUCAUCAUUCAAGAGGUUAUCCGUUCAGCAAAUCCCCUUGACUCCAGCGCGUUGCCACAGCAAGACAGUGACAGAUAAAAUACGAAGAAACAAAACACGCAGAUCCAACGACGUUAAUUAUUUAUCAAAAUUCUGCUUCAGUACACAUGAAUACUGACAUUUGUUUAUGAAACAAAUGACGUGAAAAUACUUAGGAACAAAUCGCUAUUUUAAUAAUGUAGGGCCUACUUAUCAACAGAGUCUUCGAACAUAAAAUCUGGAACUGAGAGUAUUAUAAUUAUGCACAAAUAAUAAUGACGUUGGUUCGUCAGCAAAAUAUCAAGGGCAUAAAAUCAAAGAAUCGCCUCGGGUUUAGGGUGAAGGGAUGUGUAGGCAACUGCACUAUAAUAAAAUGGCGAAGUUCAGCGAAAACCUGAACGAUAUAUUCUGUAAGUUUAUAUAGUACUUCUUAGUAUAUU